GACGGCACGAGCGGCUGAAUGCCGUCUGCUUGCCUUUUGCCUGAACCGACAACGGCCAGCCGACUGUUGCAUUCCCCCUCCUCCAAGCCCUAGCGCACCGACCCAACGCCGCACCCGGCUCCUCCCUCCGCCGCUCGCUGUCUGCCGGCGAGACGAGAUGCUCCCGCCGAGCCCUGACGUCCUCGCCGCCGAGGUGCGGCUGAUGCUCCAGGGCGCCACCGACUCCAACCGCGAUUCCAUUCGCCGCGAGCUCUGCCAGUUAGUUGACAAUGGUCUGGAUGGAUGUGUUUUGCUGCUCCAAGUCUGUUUGGAUGAAGUGUUGUUGAAUGCCGGGGAGGAGAAGAACUUCCAGUGGAAACAUGAUCUUCUCUCCGCCAUUUUCAGAUAUUGUCUGGAUAAAACAUACUUCUGUACUUGUUUUUGUGAAGCAGUGAUGAUGAUAACUUCUACCGAUGGCCUCCUUGAGACCCUGUCGAGUGUCCUGGAACUCUCAACAGCCGAGAAAGUCGGUAUUGGUCUUGCAUUGUCUGAUUCUCAGAAUUCAGUCAUGAAGCAGAAAGGGCAACAAUUUGCAAUUGCUCAAAUUGAGGAGUUGUGCUUGAAUCCUAUCCAAUCGGUAUCAAAUGACCAAAUUCAUGAAAUUGUUGUCUUCCUUCAACAGACUGAUGGCUUGUCAAAGCAUAUGGAUACUUUUAGCAGCAUUACUUCUCUGCUAGAAGUCGGGCAGAGUCCUUUUUUUGCUCCUAUCCCCAAAAAGCAGCGUGAUAUUCAGUCAACAAAUCCUUCUAGACAUUUGGAUCUGUACUUUAAUAGCACAAGUGCUGACUUUGAGUCACUUCUUUCUGAAAUUGGUAAAGAAAUAAGUAUGGCAGACACUGUAACCGAGUUGGGUUAUGGAUGUACUGUUGACAUUGCACACUGUAUGGAAAUGCUUUCUGCUUUUGAGCCCCUUGAUAAUGUGGCAAUAUCUAAGUUGCUUGGGGCAGUUAUUGGCAAUCACAACAGUCUUGGAGAGGCCCAGAAUAGCACACAUGCAACCUUUGUAUCUGCUAUUCGAAAUAGCCCUACGAGCAACUCACCCCAAUUAACUACAUGGAACACGGAUGUUCUUGUGGAUUCCAUCAACGCAGUUGCCCCGAGUACUAACUGGGUCCAAGUAAUGGAAAAUCUUGACCAUGGGGGUUUCAGUAUUCCUGAUGAAGCAGGUUUCUAUUUGCUGAUGUCUAUAUAUGCUCGUGCCUGCAAGGACCGAUUCCCGCUUCAUGCUGUUUGUGGGUCAAUGUGGACAAAUACAGAUGGCCAGAUAUCAUUCUUAAAGCAUGCCGUUUCUGCUCCUGCUACUAUGUUUACAUUUGCACACUCUUCGAGGCUGUUGGCACUUCCGGAGUUUGCAAGUCUUAGUCCAGGUAAUAGUGCUUGGUUCUGCCUUGACCUUCUAGAGGUUUUAUGCCAGCUUGCUGAAGUCGGACACACUAAGCCGGUGCGAGAAAUGCUCGAGUACCCUUUGGAACACUGCCCUGAGCUCUUACUUGUUGGCCUUGGACACAUCAACACUGCGUAUAAUCUCCUGCAAUUCGAAGUACUGUCCUGUGUGUUUCCUGCAAUACUGAAGGACGCUGCAAAGAGCAAUGUGGUGAAUUCUCUCUGGCAUAUUAACACUUGCCUCACCCUUCGAGGUUUUGUUGAUGCUCAUUCUGAUCCGAGCUGCCUUCUGAGAAUUGUUGAUGUGUGUCAAGACAUGAAGAUCCUAUCUGCUGUCCUUGGUUCUACUCCAUUUGCAUUCAGCAUUAAGUUGGCUGCUGCUGCUUCUUGGAAAGAUCACAACCAUCUUGAGAAAUGGCUGACUGAAAAGUUAAUUAUAUACAAGGAUAGUUUUCUCAAGGAAUGUGUUAAUUUCUUGAAAGAAACUAUGAGCGCCGCAUCUUAUGUGGUAGAGGGUACCAUGGAGCAACCUCAAGUUAGUGUUAUCAAUAAAUAUUUGGAGGCUUGCCAUCCUUUUAUGAAGGUUCUCCAGUCCCACUUAGGGCUGCUCUUAUCCAAUCAUCUUUCGGAUGAACUAAGGGAAUUGUAUACGUUGUAUGAAUCAAGGAAUCAUGGUUCUGUAGUAAGGGAUACCCCUACCUCGGAGGGAGGUUCAGAUGAUGUUGAAGUAGAAGCUAAUGCAUAUUUUCAGCAGAUGUUUUCUGGACAGAUAAGCAUUGAUUCUAUGAUACAAAUGCUGGCUCGCUUCAAAGAAUCUCCUGAGAAGAGGGAGCAAUUGAUUUUCAACUGUAUGAUCACAAAUCUGUUUGAGGAAUACAAGUUUCUUACGAAGUAUCCUGAUAAGCAGCUAAAACUAGCGGCUGUGCUGUUUGGCUCCCUUAUUAAACAUCAACUUGUGGCUCACCUCGGACUAGGGAUUGCUCUACGUGCUGUUCUUGAUGCCUUGCGCAAGUCUCUUGAUUCAAAGAUGUUUCUGUUUGGUACGAUAGCACUGGAACAGUUCAUGGAUCGUGUAGUAGAGUGGCCACAGUACUGCAAUCACAUAUUGCAGAUUUCACAUCUUCGUGAAAAUCAUGCUGACAUGGUCUAUGCAAUUGAGCGAGCCCUUGCCAGUAUUUCAUCAGGUCAAAACGAGCCCAAUGUUGGCAACUUGCUUUCUGCAGAGCAGCAUGUUUCUGGCUCGUCAUCAAUGGAAACCAUGGAGGUUUCUGAACCAUCAUGGCAGUUCAUGGGGACAUCCCCAACUCAGCUAGGAAGAACACUUUCUUCUUUCCCGUUGCAGCAAAGGCAACCAGAACCAGGUGUUCUUGGGGACAGGUCUAUGGUCUCCAUGGGCACCUCUCAGAAUAAUAGCACUUUACCUAGUCAACCUCCAGUUCCUUUGACGCCUGCUGAUUCGACUAUUGAUUUAAAGGCAACUGCACUAGCUCACUCUACAAACAUGGCAACUACUGGUUUUCUGCGUCCUCGAAGUACUCCCACAGGCUUGCCUCGGCAACAUUCCUAUGUGACGGGAUUUGGAGCUGCUUUAAAUAUAGAGACACUUGUAGCAGCAGCGGAACAAAGAGAUAGACCCAUCGAGACUCCUCCAUCUGAAGUUCAGGACAAGAUCUUGUUUAUGAUUAACAAUAUAUCCACCUCUAAUUUGGAAGCAAAGGCAAACGAAUUUAAUCAAGUGCUUCAGGAACAGUAUUAUCCUUGGUUUGCACAAUACAUGGUCAUGAAAAGGGCAAGCAUCGAACCAAAUUUUCAUGAGUUGUAUCUGAAGUUCUUUGCCAAACUUAACUCAAGAUCCUUGAGUAAGGAGAUGCUCAAAGCUACGUACGAGAACUGCAAGGUUCUGUUAAGAUCAGAUCUUAUCAAAUCUAGUUCUGAGGAACGUUCCUUACUAAAGAAUUUGGGCAGUUGGUUGGGAAAAUUCACCAUUGGAAGGAAUCAGACACUAAGAGCUAAGGAGAUUGACCCAAAAUCUCUUAUUGUGGAGGCAUAUGAGAAAGGACUGAUGAUUGCUGUAAUUCCAUUCACUUCAAAGAUUCUCGAACCUUGCCAGUCAAGUAUAGUAUAUCGUCCUCCUAAUCCCUGGACAAUGGGAAUUCUUAGUCUACUAGCUGAGAUCUAUAACCUACCAAACCUCAAGAUGAAUCUCAAAUUUGACAUUGAGGUCCUGUUUAAGAACCUCAGCGUGGAUAUGAAAGAUGUAAAACCGACUUCCCUUCUUAGAGAUCGAGAACGUGAAGUUGAGGGAAACCCAGAUUUUUCAAACAAAGAUGUUGCAUCUCAAAUCCCAGUGGCUGCAGAAGUAUCUUCGGGCAUAAUCCCUCCAAUGAACCACGCGGAACUGCAGCCUCAGGUCAAUAGCACUUCCCGUGCCAUGAGCCUCCCUAGUAUAUUGAAUCAGUAUACUGCUCCUGUUCGUCUUCCUCCUAACAGCAUGGCGGAAGAUGACAAAAUUGCUUCAUUAAUGCCUGAGCAAGUCCCCUUGCACACCUUUACCCAGACACCAUUGGCAUCACUGUCACCAUCUCCCCUCUCUCUUAGUCAGCUUUUGUCAUUGAUUCCACAUGAGGAAAUACACUUCAAAAUAAAUACAAAACUUGGGUCUCUUGGCUCACAAUUGCAGUUCAGCAAAAUCAUCGGUGUGGCGUUGGAUAAGGCUAUCAAAGAGAUAAUUCUCCCUGUAAUUGAAAGGAGUGUUACAACAGCAAGCAAAACUACAAAAGAACUUGUCCUCAAGGAUUAUGCAACGAAAUCGGAUAUAAAUUCUGCAAAUCGUUCUGGUCGUUUGAUGGUCGGGACAUUAGCUGGAAGUCUAGCUCAUGUUACUUGCAAGGAGCCUCUUCGUGUUGCACUAUCGUCUCAUCUUCGAAGCCUUAUUCAAAACCUUACUAGUAACAGUGAAACUGUUGACCAAGUAACCGAUAUUCUAAUCAAUGACAAUUUGGAUCUUGGCUGCGCAAUUAUCGAAUCUGUAGCCACUCGCCAGGCUGUUGAUUUGAUUGAUGGCGAAAUAACUCAAUCAUUUUCACAACAAAGGAGAAAAAGAGACGCAGCUGGUCCUGCAUAUUAUGAUUCUUUUAUUUAUGCUCAAGUUCCAUUUGCCCCUGUACCUGAAGUACUUCGUACUAAGCCGGAGUCUGCUGCCCAACAACGAGUGUAUGAGGAGUUUGUUCAUGUAUGGCAGAGGCGCAGCCAAAGUAUUGGUGCUGCCGGUUCUAGUUCAGCUAGUACAGCUGCUGUGUCGAGCAAUUUUGGUGUACCUCGAGCUUACAGCCCAAAUUCAGCACCAGCAACCUCCAGCACUAUCUUGACAUCUCAAACAGCUCAUCUUACACUAACUCAGCCUACAGAGCUGGUUUCUGAGGAAUUAAUUCCUGGUGCCGCACAACUUUCUAGUGAUUCUCCUUCUCAAAUUGGGACCAGUGAUUCUUCUGGCUGGCUUGGCGGAACCAUCGCCUCUGCAUCCACAUCUCCCCCUCCAGUGACAUCUAAUGACCUUCCUGUGGGAGGAACAACGGUCACAGCUGACGAUUUAAGUGCUAUGAUGUUCCCCCCAUCUACAAUUUCUGUUGACAAUUUUGGGUUGGUUUUGCCUGAUCCUUUGAACACUGAUGAUGCUUUGAAGAGAUACAGACUAAUUUCACAAAAGCUGGAAGCCUUGAUUGCCAAGGAUGGUAAAGAUUCGGAAAUCCAGUCUGUUAUUGCAGAAGUUCCUGAUCUUUUAGUCAAAUGUGUUAGCCCGGAUGAGGCUGCAUUAGCUGUUGCACAAAAGGUUUUCAAAAGUUUAUAUGACAACACAUCAAAUAGUGGCCGUGUCAUGUGGUUUGUAGCAACUUUAGUUGCGAUACGAGAUGUCUGCAAGCUUGUUGUUAAAGAGCUAACAAAUUGGGUGAUAUUUUCUGACGACGAGAAGAAGUUUAACAUUGAAAUUAUUAUUGCCCUUAUUCGUUCUGAUUUGCUGAGUCUUGGGGAAUACAAUGAUUAUUUGGCAAGGCUAAUUGAUGGUGGAAGAAACAGGAUCGCAACAGAAUUUGCCAUGUCACUUGUCCAGAAAUUGAUUUCUCAGAACUCUGUUUGCAUCUCAGAACUUUUCAGUGUUGUUGAUGCACUGUCAAAGAUUUCAAGGAGGCCAGGUUCACCUGAGUCCUUGCAACAAUUGAUUGAGAAAUCAAGACAUAAGGCCAACACUGCUCCUACUUUUGAUUUUGGGAUGGAUGAAAAAGUCAGACAACCGAAGGAUAAAAAGGUCUUGUCUAGCCAAACAAAUAAAGAGGAAAACAGUGUUAAUGAUAUCACUCUAGCUGAGUCUGUUACUUUCCAUGACCAGGUUGCACACCUAUAUACUGAGUGGUGUCAAGUAUGUGAUCAUCCAAGUGCUUGUGAUGCGGCAUAUAGUCAUUUUGUUAUGCAGUUGGAACAUAUGGGUCUGCUGAAGGGAGAUGAAUCCACUGAACGCUUCAUCCGAAUUCUCACGGAACUUGCUGUGACACGCUCUCUAGUCUCUGAGCAAAUUGUUGCUCCUGGUGGAUUGUCUCAGCAGUCAUCACAACAACCACAUAUAUCUUAUUUCCCCAUUGAUUCAUAUUCGAAGCUUGUGUCUAUGGUACUCAAGCACUCUUCAGUGGAGAUGGGACCAAAUGAAGGCAGUCUUCUUCCCAAGAUUCUGUCAGUGACAGUUAAGAUCAUUCAGAAAGAUGCUGAAGAGAAGAAAUCUUUAUUCAACCCUCGACCAUUCUUCCGUCUGUUUAUAAAUUGGCUGAAUGACCUUAGUAGUUCUGACCCCCAUCAUGAUGGCGCUAAUUUUCAGGUUUUGACUGCAUUUGCAAAUGCAUUCCAUUUACUGCAGCCCUUGAGGAUUCCUAGCUUGAGCUUUGCUUGGCUUGAGUUGGUGAGUCACAGAACAUUCAUGCCAAGACUGCUGAUGUGCAAUUCGCAAAAGGGGUGGCCCUUUUUUCAACGGCUGCUUGUUGAUAUGUUCAAAUUCAUGGAGCCAUAUUUGAGAAAUGCUGACCUUUUAGAACCAGUGCGCCUUUUGUACAAAGGAACUAUGAGGGUGCUGCUUGUACUACUACAUGAUUUUCCUGAAUUUCUGUGUGACUAUCACUUCAGUUUCUGUGAUGUGAUCCCUACCAGCUGCAUUCAAAUGCGCAAUGUCAUUCUUAGUGCUUAUCCACACAGCAUGAGACUUCCAGAUCCGUCGACUCCUAAUUUGAAGAUUGAUCUGCUAGCUGAAAUUUCAAUAGCUCCACGAAUCAUGUCAGAUAUUGGCGGUGCUCUGAAGUUGAAGCAUAUGAAGACUGAUGUUGAUGAGUAUCUUAAGAGACCAGAAGGCUCUUCCUUUCUGAGUGACAUUAAGCAAAAGCUGCUGCUGCCUCAAAAUGAAGCUAUUGUUGCUGGGACAUGCUACAAUGUGCCUCUGAUUAAUUCGCUUGUUCUAUAUGUGGGCAUCCAAGCUGUGCAACUGCAAGAGAACAAGGUUAAUGCAUUGGCAACAACCCCAAUGGAUAUUUUUCAGAUUGCAACUGCAACUGAAAUAUUCAGAAAUCUUGCAACAAACUUGGAUACAGAGGGACGGUACCUUCUUUUGAACUCUAUUGCUAACCAAUUGCGAUACCCCAAUAACCACACACACUACUUCUCCUUCAUCGUUCUGUAUCUAUUUGCUGAAGCUACCCAGGACAAAAUCCAGGAGCAGAUAACUAGGAUCCUUUUGGAACGACUGAUAGUGAAACGUCCUCAUCCUUGGGGAUUACUCAUUACUUUCACCGAGCUGGUAAAGAACCCUCGUUACAACUUCUGGAACCGAUCCUUCACACACUCGGCGCCUGACAUUCAGAAGCUGUUUGAGGCUGCUGCGAAGUCCUGUGCUGCAAAAGCUGCUGUCGAGGGUGUCCCUGAUGUUAACCGGUCAACGAUGGCCUGACUUCUUUUUUGUUUAUCUUUAGUGUUGAGUUUUGUUCCAAUAACUACCAGUCACCUUAUAAGUAUUCACAUAAAUUUAAUAUGGAUGUAAUAAUAUUUGCCUAUUCCCCCAGCAAAUUGGCAAAAACAGAUUUUUUUGGAUUUUUUGGACAUUAAUAUGGAUGUAAUAAUAUUUGCCUACAGCUGACGAAAACGGGCAAGUCGGCGAAUUUUCUGCAUCGGAUUGAAA